GUUUGUAUUGAAUGCAGUUAGUUGUUUGUUGUGAUUAUACCUUUUGACAACUUUUUAUCAUCCCUGGAUUUUACUUUUUCUUUUUGUGUGUGUUUGUGUGCUGUCGUUCAACGGCAGUUUCUUUUUGCAUUGUUAUUCAUUUAUUUAUUUGUUUUGGUUAACUUUGCUCUGUGGUUGAUGUUCUCUGAGAGAAGGAGGGAGGGUGAGAGAGAGAGAGAGUGAGUGAGAGAGUAAGAGAGAGAGAGAGAGAGAGAGAGAGCUCUGAGUCACAGUGGAUGUUUUUUUUUAACGUUUUAAGUUUUGACAGUCGCGGGUGAGCGUCUCUGUAAGAGGUCACUCAGUGCGUAUGUGUGGAUGAGAGAGACAACGAGGUGCCUGAUGGGACAAGUGAAGGUGUAACAACCAACCCCUGAGGAUCAAGAGGUACAGAAACACCGGAGGAGAGGACCUGGCACCAUGAUUCGCAAAGAGUCAAAAAGCAGCAGGAAGUCCCGUCAGGAGGGUGGAUGUGUGAUAAAGCACAAGAGACCGGUGCAGAGGAGAAUGACAUGUCCCAGUCCUCAGGAGAUCAGCCGAGCUCUACAGAGCCCACCGGCUCACCCUUCGUUCCGCGCUGCCAGCCUGGAUGAGCUCAUCGUCCGAUGCCUUCACUGCUUCGACUCGGAUGGAAAGUUGAACAGAGGGACGCAGCUUGUUCACAUGACCCUAAUGAUGCAUAACUGGGUCGUACCGUCACACAUCUUCGCCCAUAAGCUACUUUCUUUAUAUAAAGAUUGUCCCGCAGAAAAGAGGACUCAGAGACGAUCCCAAAUCUGCCACUUCAUCAGGCAGUGGAUAACUCAGUUUCGGUUGAUGUUUGAGAUGGACCCUAUGUUAGAAGAAGCGAUGGGAGACCUCUGGGCUCUGGUCAGGGUUGAGGGAAACGAUUCACACAAUCAGCUCUUCAAUUCACCCUACAUUAAUCCUCCAGUGAACGUAUCUCAAACUGAAUCUCCCUCAGUAAAGAAAAGGAAGGUUUCAUUGCUGUUCGACCACAUGGAGCCAGAUGAAAUGGCUGAACACCUCAGCUACUUAGAGUUCAAAAACUUCUGCAACGUCUCGUUCCUGGACUAUCGUAGUUACGUGGUUCAUGGUUCAGUGAGGCACAAUCCGGCCCUCGAGCGCUCUGUCAUGCUCUGUAACGGAGUCUCUCAGUGGGUCCAGCUCAUGAUCCUCAACAGACACACACCACAGCAGCGAGCAGAAGUCUUCACUAAGUUCAUUCAUGUAGCACAGAAGCUGAGAGCCCUGCAGAAUUUCAAUACUUUGAUGGCGGUUAUAGGAGGACUGUGUCACAGCUCCAUUUCUCGUCUUAAAGAUACAGCCAGCCUGCUUUCCUCUGACGUCACAAAGACUCUCAGCGAGCUUACAGAGCUGCUGUCAUCCUACAGCAACUAUUCGAACUACAGACGGGUGUACAGCGAGUGCACCGGAUUCAAGGUGCCCAUCUUGGGCGUUCAUCUCAAAGAUCUGAUCUCCCUCAACGAAGCGCUUCCAGAUUACCUGGAGGACGAUAAGAUCAACCUGGGCAAACUGCAGCAUUUAUACAGCAACAUUAGCGACUUGCUGGCCAUCCAUGACUGCACCCCGCCAUUUGAAGCCAACAAAGACUUACUGCACCUGCUAACGCUCUCGCUAGACCUGUAUUACACUGAGGAUGAGAUAUACGAGCUCUCCUACGCCAAGGAACCCAAGAAUCCCAAAAUUCAGCCUGUAGCUCCAGUGAAGCCUCCCGUUGUAGCGGAGUGGGGAUCGGGAGUGACUCCUCGUAUGGACCCUGCCACCAUCUCCAAGCACGUUAAGCAGAUGGUAGAUUCCAUCAUGAAGAACUACGACUUGAACAUGGAUGGCUACAUUUCACUGGAGGACUUUGAGAAGAUCGCCGCAAACUUUCCCUUCUCGUUCUGCACACACGAGAGCGACAGAGAAGGAGAAAUAAGCAGAGAUGAAAUAACUUCCUAUUUCAUGCGAGGGAUGUCAGUGUGUGCUAAGCUUGGCGUCAGCCUUCACAACUUGCACAACUUCCACGAGACCACGUACAAGAGGCCGACAUUCUGCGACACCUGCGGAGGAUUUUUAUGGGGAGUCAUAAAGCAAGGCUACCACUGCAAAGACUGUGGAGUGAAUUGUCAUAAGCACUGUAAGGACGGUGUGGGAAUGGAGUGUUUGAAGAUGUUACAGGUGACCAGUAGCCCAUGUCCCUACACCCCUGGCCCUGGAUCAGGCACCCACACUAAAGGCAACUGGGGCUCCGAGGAGGAAGCGUUCAUCUUUCCUAAUGGAAACGGAUCCGAGCACUCCAAAGGCCAAACUUCGUCAGACAGCGACGCUGAGGCAUCCACGUUAUCAGACAUAUCCACUCAAACAGACCCAGGAGUUUGGACGCCGGUGGGUAAACGGAAAGACCGUCUGCAUUCUCUAAAACAUCCACCUCUUGAAAAGAGCGCCACUCUACCAGCAAGGGUACGAGGUUCAUCUGCCCCUAGUUCUCUCCUACAGGAGAAAAUGGAUGAACUGAAGCUGAACAAAGAUAAACGAAGAGAACCCGACUGAACUUGUUUUCGCAUGUGGGCAUGUGUUUGUCUCACCGAGAAACAGACUGAUAUUACCGCUGGAUUUCAAUGUUUCUUUGUAACCGUAAAGGGACGUUUAUACACUGGACGAUAAGAGGCUGAAGAGCAAAUGCUCAUAUUUCUCGCAAACUGUCUUGUUCUAUUGUCUUCAACAGAUUGUUCUUGACGUUCGUUAAAUGUGAUGCAAUUCUGCCUGGAAGGACUAAUGCAUGGGAUUUUAUUUAAGGAAUUAAGAGCUUGUUUGAAACCGUAUGAAUGGUAAGAACUCUCUAUGCACCAGCAACGACUGCCAGUGAGGAGCACAUCAACAGACCUCACAUCUCCACAAGUAUCCAAAGGUGGACCGCUACUGUACAGUAUAUCACUGAUCUCACUACCACUUGACUAAAUGGACUUUCUUGCCUUUAACUAUGAAGAGGUGCUUACUGCAAGAACUGUGCGUUGUCAACCAUAGCCUUAAUAUUCACAUUGGUGGAAAAAAAUCAACAGAGUUGUUCAUUUAAACAACAAGAAUGUAUCUCCACUGUUAAGGGAUGUUUGCUUUUGGUGCUGAUAUAAUACCCACAAUGCAUCAUUGUGCCUUAUGCAAUGAACAAUUCACUGAGCAGUAGACAAUGGGUCUUAUGUAACUUGUUAUAUUCAACAACUGUCCCGUCGCAAUUCAACAUCAUCACAAUCUGUUUCAUUAGCGCUCAUUGCUAUGAACUGAAUAGAUGUCUCAUUUAGCCUGCUUGCACACAUCCAUCAGCACUAAUGAAAGGAGAGGGGUGAACUGAGAUGAACCAUGAAUAUUGUGGAGCUAUUCAAUUGUGUUUUUCUAAUAUCGUGUCUGUGAAUUAUUUUGUCCUCUACAACUUGAAUGUCUGUUUUACUAAAUCUUGAAUUUAGGCUAUAGAUUUUUAUUUAUUGCGGAUUGAUAAAUCUGAAGUAUUUUCCAUAAAGCACUGCCUGAUGUGAUUAAAAAAUACAUGAGAAAAUGA